AUGCAAACCAACACGGAGGACCAAUUGAAGGCACCCUGCGAUGUCAAAAGCGUGGUUUCCUUGGACAAGAUUGCACUCAGAGCUGUCAAGGGUAGCAGUCUGGAUAAGAAUGUCUCGUCUCCGACGGACGAUGAUGGUGCUAUCCCAAGGGCCGCGACUUUUGCUUCGAAAGAGCAUUACAGACAAUCCAAAGGCACCAGGCAUUCAGCAAGCAAGCAAUCCAAGAAAAGUGCGAAGCGGGUGGAGAAGAAGAAACAGAAAUACCGUAAAAUGAUUUCUUCAUCCAAAAUGGACAGCUCUAUCAGUUCGGAAAGUGAGAAUGAUACUGAACCCCAAGAUGGCAGUUCAGAUGGAAACAGCGAGGAAUGCUCCACGAAGAAGUGCGAAGGUGUUCAAGCUGAACAGAACGAAAUGGUCCCUGACGCUCCAAACGAGGCAGAAUACAAAAUUGGCAAGCCAAGUCAGGAUGACACCAGCGAAGACGCUUCAAACGAAAGUUCCUUCAACUUCUCGUUGAACAAGCUUGGGGGUUCAAGGGAAGGUUUCUUCAGCAGAUCCAAGUCGAAAUAUCUUGAAACUUUGUCAUGUCUGGAGGGCAUUGAACGCACAGCCAAACUUCGGAGGGCUGUUGCUAGCCUGAGCUUUAGGCAAUGUCGGGAGUUGUCAAAAACCUCCCUCCAGGGCAGGACAUCUCCACUGUCAAGGAGCUCUCCGUCCUCCGGUCGGUCAAACCGCAGAGAAAGCAUUCAAAGAGCUUUUACCAAACUUGGCAAAUCCAUGUCCCAGUUGGACAGAAUUGGUAACAAGAGCCCAACUGCUGCCGCGAUCCACGUGCCCCUUAGGCUGAGUGUCACGAAACCAGUCCCACUCACAAGGGUGGGAUCAAGGCUUUCCAGCACAAAGCUGGUUGCUGUGGCUGCAGCAGCAGGUUGCCCCCUUCGAAGCUUCGAAAACUUGAACGCUGAACUUGGAAGUCCGAAAUGA